UAUGAAUUUCUGAAAUUUUUGAUGGACUUGGUCAGGAGGAUGAUCAUCUACCCCAACGGCGAUGACAGCAUAGAGGGAAACGAUUACAUCUCUGUCUACUUGGCGAUCGCAGAUACUAGCUCCUUACCUGCUGGUUGGGAGGCUGAUGCAGUGUUUAGCUUCUUUUUGUUUAAUCAACUUUGUGACAACUAUCUUGUCAUACGUGGUCAAGUGCGGCGAUUUCACAAGAUCAAGGCCGAGUGGGGUUGCUCCAAGUUUAUCUCUCACAAAUCACUGAAAGAGCCCUGCAAUGGAUAUCUUGUUGAUGAUAAUUGCAUUCUUGGAGCUGAGGUAUUUGUCAUCAAGAACCAAGGAGUUGGUGAAUGUGUGUCCUUGUUAAAAGACAUCGAGUGUAUUAAGCACGAGUGGAACAUCUUUGAGUUUUCAAAAUUAGGGGAGCAAUGUUCUUCUAAAGAGUUUACUGUUGGGGAUCACAAAUGGAAACUCCACCUUUAUCCUAACGGUAAUGGUUGUCAAAGGGACCAAAGCAUCUCCAUUUUUCUUGCAUCAGUUGAUGCUACAGGAUUUGAUCGCCGAAAAGGGUCCAGGCAAAAUGCACCCUCUCUAUCAAAGACCAGAUUAAUGGUUUACAUCACAAGAUAGUUGUUUCAAGCUGGUUUUCAGCUGUUAAACACUCUUGGGGUUACCGACCAUUUUUGCCGCUACACGAAUUCAAGGAUCCAAAAAGAGGCUUCCUUGUCAAAGAUAGCUGCAUUGUGGAAGCAGAUGUUUCUGUCAUUGCUGUUGCCAAUGGUUUAUAACCUAAUAGUUGAUUUUUGUCAUUUAACAAGCAAAUCUUACAUUAUAUUUUUGCUAGCACUUAGGCUAAACAUCUUAUAUACAUU